AUGCCGAUCGACAGUUAUAAUGCGACAUUGCUCUUCUCCAACUCCACAAUAACUUCAGUUUUAUCCCGGCCGUUUGUACUAUCCUGGUUCACCGCUUCUUUCAUUAUUAACCUAUUGGGUUCCAGUAGCAGCUUCCUUUUAAUCUUCGCCCUCUGCACCCGCUCCCGUUUCCACUCCACAACGAAUCUCCUGGUCAUCCACCUGCUCCUCAUCGAAGCCAUCAACAUGGCGGCGCCCACCAUGCUGGCCAUCUUCGCUGUCCUCCUCCACGAGACGCACCGGCCCUUCCCCGUCCACUGCUCCAUAGUCGCCUUCACCCAAAUCCUCUUCACCGUCUUAUCCAACUGGUUAUCGGCGCUGUUGGCCAUCAACCGCCUGACGGCCAAGCUCUGGCCGUACCGCCACAAAACCUGGACCACCAAGUCCACGGUGACCAUGGCGGUGGUCGGCACCUGGGUCCUCAGUCUGGCCACGACCAUCCCGCUGCUCUUUGGAGUAGGGGGACGUUUAGACCGCUUCUAUCCCCUUGGUUACUGCGGGGUGAAACCUACCCCUGGGGUGAUGUUCGCCGUGUACACCAACAUCAGCUUCACGUGCCCGUUGAGUGUACAGGCGGUGUGCUAUGCGCUGAUUGUGGGGUCGCUGCAGCGCUCCAUGGUGGCGUGCCCGACGGUCGUGGCGGCGCAGCGGCGACGGCGACAGCGCGCCAUCAGCUUCGUCUUGUUGGUGGUAUUCGUGUGGUAUUUGGUGUGCUAUCUGCCUAUUCCGAUUAUCACCACGUACUUUUACGGGCAGUGGCAGACGGAUCACCGGUUGUUUGUCUGCUUUAAGACCUUGAUGACGUGCGGAAGCGCCGGGACACCGAUUAUUCUGCUGAGUUUGAGCAGUGAGUACCGUUUAGCGGUGAAGGAGCGCUGGCGGCAGGUGAAUUUUCCCUGCUCCUUUUUAUGCUCGGCAGUGUGGGAAUCGCGGAAUCUGCAUAAAAGUAGAGUGAGUGUUAUCAGCGUACCGGCUGUCCUGGUGACGGAUUGCAGUGCUGGAGACCCGAUGAAUGUUGAUCACUGUAACAUUUAA